AUGUUGGACACCUGCCUCAGGCUGCUGCAACUGAAUAACACCUGUGUUGCUCAUGCCAUUGAAGUAAUAAAUAGCAUCCCUGCUGCCAAUGGUGAAGUAGCGGCCCAGGCACAGUGCCACAUCCUGUUUGCACUGCUCCAUGCUGUGAUGAGGUUGCACUGGCUCAAUGUGCAGUGGGGCGGCGGCCACGCGGCGCUGGUGCGCAUGUCUCACUGCUGGCGCUGCCGCGGGCUCCAUAGGCGCGUCCGCCCCUGCGCCGGGCUCUGCCUGAACGUGCUGCGCGGCUGCCUGACGCAGCGCGCCGCCGAGCUGGACCUGCCGUGGAACGGCUACGUCGAGGCGGCCGAGAGGCUGCUCGCCGCCGUCCAGGGCCGCGCCGCCCUCGACGACGUGCUGUGCGCGCUCGACGCACGCAUCGCUGAGGCGGCCGCGGCCGCCGUCGAGCGGAGCGCCACUCUGCAGCCACAGGUGAAGAGAGUGUGCGGACCACACAUGUGGGACUAUGGUGUUACGGACGAGAACACUGCACACGAUGGCGUGCGGUCCAACGGCACUGCGUUCCAGCAGAGCUUGCCUGGUGGUGUUCAGCCAGUUGACGGAGGCCCCCACGGCGCUGUCCCUCGUCCGCUACGUGGAGGGCAGCGGCGGCGACACAGGCCCGCCUGGCAGCUGGGACAGCGAGCCGGAGGACGCCUGGAGGGCAGAGGGCUCCGGCUCUGGGGAGAAGCGGGUCGUUGUUGGAGGUGAGACGAUGUCAACAGACAAUACUGUUUAUCCCUCUUCGGAUGAAGAAAGUGACAAACAAGGAACGAGCACCUCCAGUGACAGACUUCCAGCUGACACAGUGCUCACUGUCUGCUGCGUUAUACUUAUAAGUCGUAUCCUGUACGUAGUCAGUAUGUGGUAAUCAGCACAAAGCCUUCCUUAAGCCGUGUGCUUCAAAUCUCUCUCCGAUUCUAGAUGUUAAAGAGAGGUCAGAAACGACACUAUGAUUCGCUCUAUGUACUGGAUUUUCAUAGGCACUCUGUGAUAACGUAAUUAAAAAGUUAUACAUUGCCCUCAAGAGGCAACUGUACCAAUUUUUUGUUGAAGAAUUUAAUCAGUUUUGGAAAUGCUGUUUCCUUUGGAUGAGAAAAUGUCUAGUAACAUCAAGAUACUUCAAAAGACUUUAUGACUCUUUGAGUAGUAGACCGAAGUACAA